AUGGGCAUCGAGUUGAAAGCUAAGAUCGCUUCCAAGUACGCGAAAGGCGUGGAAUCUGGAGAUGUGCAUUUUACCCAGUCCGACAGCAAAAAAGUGAAGGACUCGGAGUCUGGUUUCCAGUACGUGGUGACCCAUGCCCCCAGUCUACUAAAGAAACCGGAACGUGCGGACGCUGAGGCCUCUAAACGCAAUCCUUUUGCAGAACCAGAGCCCGAAUUGACCGUGUGCGAAGAUCUGUACGACUUGGGUCAGUACAAACUGCUAUUAAACAAGUUUCCUGUGGUCCCAGAGCAUCUCCUUCUAGUAACACGCGAAGUCAAACCACAGACAGCGCCGCUCGAACCUCAAGACCUCCUGACCUCGUACCGUCUCUUGCAAGAUCUGGACGACGAGGACGAGCAGGUCAGAAACCUGAUUUUCUACAAUUGCGGAAAGACGUCCGGUUCAUCGCAAGACCACAAACAUCUCCAGAUGCUGAGAUGGCCUAAAAACUUUGUGGCAUUCCAGGACCGUCUAUGCAGUGGCAAAGAGCACUUCAUCCCAGAUAUGCGUUCCGAGCCACUCCAAGACAAAAAACUUUCAUUCGCCCACUUUGUCGUGCCCUUGCCAGAAGAUCCUGAAGCCGUCACCGAGGACCUGCUGGCUAUGACUUUCGUGUCGCUACUUCAAAGAACCCUCACAUUUUUCCAGGACUGGACCAACGAACGUCCAAACCUGGAGACCGGGUAUAAUGUGCUCAUGACGCGUCAGUGGCUAUGUCUCGUGCCGCGCUCUCAAUCCAAGAGCAACGAGCUCGACAUUGGUUUCAAUGCCACAGGCUAUGCCGGUCUGGUGCUCGUUAAGCACGAAGAGGUCUGGAAUAAGAUCUUGGAAGAGCCACAAGUUGUAAAUCGUUUGAUGCUCGAAUGCGGCUUUCCAAACACUGCUGGCGUCUCUGCAACUGAAUAUCACUAUUAA